AUGAAGCACCCAAGCGAUAUUCAUGUGGUCUCUACUAUUGAUGUUAAUGAUGAGGCGGUGGCUAGUUUGAGUCAUUUGAUGUGUAUGAGUGAACCACUUGAAUCCGUGCUUGCUAACGAUGAUGAGUUCGAAGUUCAAGGCUACAAAGAGGUAGUAGCUGCGCUCUUAGGCAUGGGGAAUUAUUCUAAGACUCCACUGAAGCUGGACAUUCAUCCAAAAAAUCAAGAAAGUCCUCACGCAAAGCCAUCAAAAGAAGAACCACCGAAUCUGGAGCUGAAAGUACUCCCAUCUGAUCUCCGAUAUUCUUUCUUGGGGGUAAAUAACACUUUACCUGUGAUAAUUAAAAUUGAUUUACUUGAAUGGCAAUUAAAAUUGCUCCUCGAGGUGUUGAGAAGGCAUAUCAAUGCUAUUGGUUGGACUAUCGCUAAGAUAGUAGGCAUCCCUCCAGGCAUUUGCACUCACAAAAUUGAUCUUGAUAGUGAUUGUAAACUGAGUGUAGAACAUCAGCGAAGAUUGAACCCACAGAUGCAAGAGGUGGUAAAAGAGGAUAUAAUAAAGUUGUUGGAUGCAGGUGUGAUCUACCCUAUUGUGGAUAUAAAAUGGGUAAGUCCAGUACAAUGUGUACCGAAAAAGGGAGGCCUCACAGUAGUCCCAAAUGAAAAUGGGGGGCUUGUUUCUAUGAGACCGGUGACCGGAUGGCGAAUAUGCAUGUAUUAUCAGAAGUUAUAUUCUUGGACCGAAAAAGAUCACUUUCCCAUGCUUUUCAUGGAUCAAAUUCUUAAUCGCCUUUCAGAAAGAGGAUGGUAUUGCUUUUUGGACUGGUACUACGGGCAUAAUCAAAUCUCUAUUGCUCCGAAAGAGCAAGAAAAAACUACCUUCACCUGUCUGUAUGGAACUUUUGCCUUCAAAAGGAUGCCAUUCGAAUUAUGUAAUGCUUCGGCAACAUUUCAAUGUUGCAUGUUCUCUAUUUUCGCUGAUAUGGUGGAUGAUUCAAUGGAAGUCUUCAUGGAUGACUUCUCGGUUGUGGGUGACAUUUUUGAGGCAUGCUUUGUGAUGUUCGACGUAAUCAACUAA